CACAGUCUCCCGGUACGGGCCAUCCAGCGGCCCAGAUCGCGCCACGCAUGCUCCCCCGCCUGCUCCAGGGCCCCCUCGCCGCCGCGCCCCUCCCCCUCCCCUGCCGCCUCGCCGUCGCCCGCGGCAUCCGGGCCAUGUCCUCCGCCGCGCCAGCGCCAGAACCGGCCCAGCGCUCGAGGCGGCCGCUGCGCGGGGUGGUCUUCGACAUGGACGGCACCCUCACGGUGCCCGUCAUCGACUUCCAGGCCAUGUACCGCGAGGUGCUCGGCGGGGACGCGGCCUACGCCGCGGCGCGCGCGGCGGGGGGAGGCUCCGUCGACAUCCUCCACUGCAUCGAGGGCUGGGCGCCCGACAAGCAGCGCCACGCGUACGAGGUCAUCGCGCGCUUCGAGAAAGAGGGGCUCGACCGACUCCAGAUCAUGCCCGGGGCGUCAGAGCUAUGCGGGUUCCUGGACUCGAAGCGGAUCAGAAGAGGUUUGAUCACCCGUAAUGUCAAGGAUGCAGUUGAUUUGUUUCACCAAAGAUUUGGUAUGAUGUUUGCUCCUGCACUGAGCAGAGAAUUUCGCCCCUAUAAACCAGAUCCAGCUCCAUUGCUUCACAUUUGCUCCACUUGGAACAUUCCACCACAUGAAGUGAUCAUGGUCGGUGACAGUCUCAAGGAUGAUACUUUGCAGGUUGUUUGUGGAAAGAGGGCAGGAGCUUUUACUUGCUUACUUGAUGAAACAGGGCGAUAUGGCCCACAUGAUUCUUUGCCUGAGGAAGUCAAACCUGACUUCAAGGUGUCUUCACUUACCGAAGUAUUCACCAUGCUGGAAGAGAAUUUUGAUUUGGCACCAGCAAAUUUGACACCAGCAUCCGCUGAGAGUAGAAUAUGACAUAAAAAGUUCUAAACAACAUUGUUGUCUAACGUGCAAUCGGCACGACAGCAUCUUGAAUAAUAAUGAUUGGUGGAUAAUGUUGGAGGCGUUUCAACUUUCAAGUAUCGGAAGCCCUGCUGCAGCCAGAAGGAUGAUUGCUGCCACAAAACUGGAUUCUCUUUGAAACAAUUGUGCAGUGCUUCCAUUUGUUGUAAACCUAUCACAAUGGGUGUAGAGCACUAAAUCAGCUCUUGUGAUUUAGUGACUGGAAUGGCCAUGAAUAUCUGGGAGUUCAAAAUACAUUAAUCCAAGCUGUUAUGCGCGCCAUUUGUUCAA